CCGACAGUUAAAAAGCCAGUUUGCGCGGCUUGACAUCUCUACAAAGGCAGGCAGUGUCCUCGUAACUAGCCUAUCUCUCUCCGAGUCUUGUCGUACAGCAGUGUUUGGCUGUGAUCGAGUCUGAAUCGGCGGAACAUGGCGGUUGUAGGAACAAGGUUGUUGCUGUUGCCGCUGGCUCUGUGGUUUUCCGCCGCGUGCAUGGUGGGUGGGAACCAGGAGGCGAUGUGGCCAGGCGCGGCGUCCAUUCUCAACGUCACCAACGCAGACCUCUCAAAGGGAGUUGACUACCUGAUGAAGUUCGGCUACCUGAAACAAGACGACAGGAAGAUGAGGACGGGAGAGGAGCUGAGGGAAGCCAUCAUGACCAUGCAGAGGUUCGGCGGCUUGGACGAGACGGGCCAACUGGACGCGGACACCCUGCAGCUCAUGCAAACUCCGCGGUGCGGCGUUGCUGACAUCAUCGGGACGGCAGAAACCACCAGGAGGAAACGCUACGCGCUGGUUGGAUACUACUGGCAGAAGAAGAAUUUGACUUACAGAAUUGUCCGGACGACCCCCCAGCUCAGUCCCUACGUUGUACAUGACGCCAUCAGACGAGCCUUUAACGUCUGGAGUGACGUCACACCCCUGACUUUCACAGAAAAGUUCCACGGAGAGGCCGACAUCAUGAUAGACUUUCUCUGGGGUUUCCAUGGAGACGGCAAUCCCUUUGACGGUCCCGGCAACACCCUCGCGCAUGCGUUCUUCCCCGGUCCACGCAGGGGAGGAGACACUCACUUUGACGAGGAGGAAAAAUGGACGAUGACGAAAGAAGGCGCAAACCUGUUCCAAGUGGCGACCCAUGAGUUUGGUCACGCCUUGGGUCUGGGCCACUCGUCAGAACACAACACCAUCAUGGGCCCCUUCUACCGCUACCGUGAUCCUUUGCAGCUAACGGAGGAUGACAUCCGGGGUAUUCAGCAACUCUACGGUGCUCCCGAAGAAAGGCGUCCGAAGCAGCCCCUGACACCCGUGGCAACCCAGAAACCGAACUUUCAACCGAAUCAUCCCGAACAUGUACCGAACACUCCCGAACGUCCCCCACAAAGACCGCCCGUCCACACCCCCGACAGGCGCCCGCACACGCCGAACCACCCCGCCACACCGCCGGACACCUGCUUCCCGUCCAUCGACGCCGUAGCCGUCAUUCGCAGCGAACUUUUUGUCUUCAAAGAUCGUCACUUUUACAGGUACCACGACAAGGGCCUGUACCCCGGCUACCCGGCGAUGACCAGCCGGUUCUGGCGCAGUCUUCCCCGCGGGACUCACGUCGACGCCGUGUACGAACGUUACGACGGCAAGAUCGUCUUCUUCAAAGAUGCCCAGUACUGGGUGUUUGACGGGAACUACCUGGAGUCCAGCUACCCCCGGCCCAUCCGGGACUACGGCCUGCACGUGCAGUCUGUGGACGCGGCGUUCGUGUGGGGGCACAACGGCAAGACCUACUUCUUCAAGGGGAACAGGUACUGGCGCUAUGACGACAUUGAGAAGAAGAUGGACCGAGGUUACCCCAAGAACAUUGACAGGUGGGAGGGCGUGCCUAACAACCUGGACGGCAUCAUGCAGUGGACAGACGGUCUGACGUAUUUCUUCAAGGGCACUAAGUACUGGAGGUUCAAUGACAUCACCAUGCGUGUGGAGGAGGGUUACCCGAGGUCAGCGCCCCAUGAUUGGUUCGGCUGCCGGAAAGUACUGGGCACGCCCAACGACCGUGACCCGGAAGUAGAAGAUCCAUUUUCCGGGGAGGAGCCCAACGAUCAACCAAGCGCUUCCGGGGGAAACCACCUUGCAAUCUUAAACCUGUACACGGCGCUGUUUAGUAUUGUAAUAUCAGUAAGCAUGCGAUUGCUAUAACGAUACAAAUGAACUGUACAGUGUAGUGACUUUUUCGUAAAAACUCAUCUUUGGUAGGCCAGUCUCAGGAGACAUAUGUGGUAUUUAAUUAACGUUUACAGUACUGAUCUAAUGCAUUUAAAUUUGGUAAUUGCAAAUGAAGAGUAACUGUAAACUGAGUAGUAAUAUUUCAGUAUGGAAAGAUGCUACUUUUACAUCUGCCAGAUGAAAUGACACGGACUAGAGGCGGGAACCUCUUGUUAUGAAUAUCUUAUAAUAAUAACUUAAAUUUAAAUAACUUAUAAUUAAGCGUAUUUUGUUCUUUUGGCAUUCCAAAUAAAGCUGGUACUCCAGGGAAA